UUCUCUUGACCCAAAUAAUCCAUUGCUCUCAUUUCACACGCAGAGGCAGACUGUAUACCUUCGUCAAAGCUCUUCGUUUCUCUCUCUCGCACCAUUGUCCAACUCGCAGCACGGUCCACGAAUUCCAGCCUUCAAGCCAAUGUUUUCAACUCUGGGGAAAUGUUCUGUUGGAAUUUUAUGCACCCUGGUGCUGUCAUUGCAAAAACUUGGCUCCAAUCUUGGAUGAAGUUGUUGUUUCGCUUGAAAGUGAUGCUGAUGUUGUCAUUGCAAAGAUUGUUGCUGGUUCAUGUACUGUUCAUCUAUGGCUACUAAAACUGAAGAGAUGCCACUGCAAAUGAUGUACCAAUUGAUAUUUUCGACGUGAAAGGUUAUCCAACAUUGUACUUCAAGUCAGCAGGUGGAAAUCUGUUGCAGUACAAUGGGGAACGUACCAAAGAAGAUACAAUUGACUUUAUUUAGAAGAAUCGGGAUAAACUUGCCCAGCAGGAAGCUGGAAAAGAUGAGCAGCAGGAACCUGGAAAAGAUGAGCUGUAAUGAAGGUUUUGUGGAUCUUGUAACGAGUUUGAUCUUAAGGUGACUCUUCUCAUAGGCCUUAGACAAGAAUUGAUUUGCAGGUGCAUAUUGUGCAGAGAGGAGCUGUCCAGCCUUUGAUUGAGAUGCUUCAAUCCCCAAAUGUACAGCUUAGAGAAAUGUCGGCCUUUGCACUGGGAUGCUCACAACCAAGCAGGUAUUGCUCAUAAUGGUGGUUUGGUGCCAUUGCUGAGGCUUCUUGAUUCAAAAAAUGGGUCUCUGCAACAUAAUGCUGCAUUUGCUCUUUAUGGCCUUGCAGAUAAUGAGGAUAAUGUGGCUGAUUUUAUCAAGGUUGGUGGCGUUCAGAAGUUGCAGGAUGGAGAAUUCAUUGUUCAAGCAACGAAAGAUUGUGUAGCCAAGACACUGAAAAGAUUAGAGGAGAAGAUUCAGGGACGGGUUUUGAGCCAUUUGUUAUAUCUGAUGCGUAUAGCAAAGAAGACUAUUCAAAGACGAAUUGCUUUGGCUCUUGCCAACCUUUGUUCUGCAGAGGAUCAGAGAACAAUAUUCAUUGAUAACAAUGGAUUAGAGUUACUACUUGGUCUUCUUGGUUCCACGAACCUAAAGCAGCAACUUGAUGGUUCUAUAGCCUUGUACAAGUUGGCUAACAAAGCCACGACUCUUUCUCCCAUUGAUGCGGCUCCUCCAUCUCCGACGCCACAGGUGUGUGUCCUUUUUAUUGUUAGUUUAUUUUGGCCCAUGUGUUCUGUUAGAUUUGGAAUUAUUUCAAACAAUUAGCAGGACUAGUAUUUGGCAGAUUUCAUGAAAAUAUCAGUUGGCUUUUAAUUUAAGAAAUUUUGAAUCUGUUGUUUAUUUUAAUUGUAUACAUGC